CUGAGCUCAGUGGGUGCAGCCCAGACCCACCACAGAGGAGAAUCUGCCCUGCUGAACUGAACCUCUUCAUGUUUCUUGAGCAUUCCUGCUCCAGAUAUUUCCAGUUGCUGCUCGAAUGCAUUCCUGAGCAUUUAUUUUUGUUAAAGCGAGGCAGACACGUGAUUUGGAUGGCAGUUGGUGRAUGUUUUCUUUCCCAUGGAUCGAGGCAGUGAUUGAAUGGAGAGAAAGUGGAGAUCCACAGGUCAAGUUAUGGAUGACGCUCCCCCUGGCACUCAGGAGUACAUUAUGUUACGGCAAGAUUCCAUCCAAUCUGCGGAAUUAAAGAAAAAAGAGUCCCCUUUUCGUGCUAAGUGUCACGAAAUCUUCUGCUGCCCACUGAAGCAAGUGCACCUCAAAGAGAACACGGAGCCGGAAGAGCCUCAGCUCAAAGGUAUAGUAACAAAGCUCUACAGCAGGCAAGGAUACCACUUGCAGUUGCAAGCAGAUGGAACGAUUGAUGGAACAAAAGAGGAAGACAGUAGCUAUACUUUGUUUAACCUCAUCCCUGUGGGUUUACGAGUGGUGGCGAUUCAGGGGGUUCAAACAAAACUAUACCUGGCAAUGAACAGCGAAGGAUUCCUAUAUACAUCAGUAAGUAAACAUUUUAAAUGUUGUUCUCAGUGA